GCGUCCCUGCAGAGGGUGCUUGUAGGCCACCAAAAGUGCAGAAGCAUUCCGGGAGCAGGACACCUGCGGGUGGAAAGGCGCUUGAAUCUGAGAGGUCUCCACGUGAGCGGUGAGUGCUCUCAUCCCCGAAGGUGCCUUGAGCAACGCUUCCCAGCCUGAACUUUUGUCCCAAUCAUACCGCCACCAAGCAAACAGCAAGCCACCCACUCACAGCUUGGGGUGGCUGAGCUGGGCUGCGCAGUUGCCGCCUCGGGGUUUCGUUCAGACCAACCCCGCGUGAAGACGCAAGAGGGAAAACUGGGGAGGGAGGCUCAACGAUCCCCUCCCGCGCGCACGGACCCUCAGCGCUGCCUUCCUCUGUCGGGGCGGCCAGGAAAGAGGUUUUUACUGAAAGCAGACUCACCGACGCGGACCCCCUUGGCCAAGCCAGCCAUCUCCCUGAGCAGCGACAGCCACCUCAUCCUGGGACCCUGGCAGCGCCCAGCCCUGCAGGAUGUCCAGGCAGGACGUGAGUGUCCCAGCAAAACUCAUCAAUGGAGGCGUGGCAGGGCUUGUUGGGGUCGCCUGUGUGUUCCCCAUCGACUUGGCCAAGACUCGACUGCAGAACCAGCAUGGAAAAGGCAUCUACAAGGGAAUGACAGACUGCCUGAUGAAAACGGCGAGGGCGGAGGGCUUCCUGGGCAUGUACCGAGGGGCUGCUGUGAACCUGACCUUGGUCACUCCAGAGAAGGCCAUCAAACUGGCAGCCAACGACCUCUUCCGCCAGCUGUUGAUGGAAGAUGGGAGGCAGCGGAACCUGAAGAUGGAAAUGCUGGCUGGUUGUGGAGCUGGAGUGUGCCAGGUGGUGGUUACCUGUCCCAUGGAAAUGCUCAAGAUUCAGCUGCAGGAUGCUGGGCGCCUGGCCCACCACCAGGGUUCGGACUCGGCACCAUGCGCCUCCAGGUCCUACAUGACUGGCUCAGCAUCCACCCACAGGCGCCCAUCUGCCACCCUUGUCGCCAGGGAGCUGCUGCGCACCCAGGGCCUGGCUGGGCUCUACAAGGGUCUGGGUGCCACGCUCCUCAGAGACAUCCCCUUCUCCGUCCUCUACUUCCCGCUGUUUGCCAACCUGAACAGCCUUGGAGUCCAGGAGCUCACGGGGAAGGCCUCCUUUGCACAUUCCUUCAUGUCAGGCUGUGCUGCGGGCUCCAUAGCUGCCAUCACAGUGACACCUCUGGAUGUUUUGAAAACUCGAAUCCAAACCCUAAAGAAAGGCCUGGGCGAGGACAGCUACAGUGGGGUCACUGACUGUGCCCGGAAACUCUGGAUUCAGGAGGGCCCAUCCGCCUUCCUAAAAGGAGCGGGCUGCCGGGCCCUGGUCGUAGCCCCUCUCUUUGGGAUCGCCCAAGGCGUCUACUUCAUCGGCAUCGGCGAGCGCAUCUUAAAAGUGUUCUCUGUCCUAUCCCUUCUGGCAGCCCACCACCAGGGUUCGGACUCGGCACCAUGCGCCUCCAGGUCCUACAUGACUGGCUCAGCAUCCACCCACAGGCGCCCAUCUGCCACCCUUGUCGCCAGGGAGCUGCUGCGCACCCAGGGCCUGGCUGGGCUCUACAAGGGUCUGGGUGCCACGCUCCUCAGAGACAUCCCCUUCUCCGUCCUCUACUUCCCGCUGUUUGCCAACCUGAACAGCCUUGGAGUCCAGGAGCUCACGGGGAAGGCCUCCUUUGCACAUUCCUUCAUGUCAGGCUGUGCUGCGGGCUCCAUAGCUGCCAUCACAGUGACACCUCUGGAUGUUUUGAAAACUCGAAUCCAAACCCUAAAGAAAGGCCUGGGCGAGGACAGCUACAGUGGGGUCACUGACUGUGCCCGGAAACUCUGGAUUCAGGAGGGCCCAUCCGCCUUCCUAAAAGGAGCGGGCUGCCGGGCCCUGGUCGUAGCCCCUCUCUUUGGGAUCGCCCAAGGCGUCUACUUCAUCGGCAUCGGCGAGCGCAUCUUAAAAGUGUUCUGAGUAGCUUAGCUGGAGCCCAAGCCCCUUUCCCUGCGGCCAUCUCUCGCCCGCUGCCCCAGCCUGCACUCUGCCUCUCUGCCCAGAGCCGCCUCCUGACAGGCGGCUGGCAUAGACCUCUCCCUCCCCAGGCAGCUGCAUUCCUUGUCUUUGGGCUUCACCUACCUGGGAGCUUCCAAAGCCCCUGACCGCCUAUUAUUGUUCCUACUCUGGUGUUACUGACUGCAGGGCCUGACAGAUGGCUGAGAUAGAAGGGCUGUCUCUACAUUGUUUCACACCCAAACUCAGUAUGCCCAAAUCAGUGAGAACUUGCUCUUAUAAUUCCGAGUAACUUAUGGUUAGUCCUAGUGCUGAUUUUGGGAAAAAGAGGGCCAGAAAUUGAAGGGGACCAUGGAAGAGCUCAGUUGGCAAAUCCUGCCCAAUUGUGGAUGGCUGAGGGGCGAGCAGCCAGGCAGGUGGGGCAGACAUCCUGCCCCACGUUCUCCUUCUGGGCACAGGUGCCUGCAGACCAAUGUCCAGGAAGGAUCGUUUAAAAUAAAGUCCACCAGCUAACAGCUCGUCCUUCCGUCAUGGGAGCAGACAGGGUGUACCACCACCUACAGUCCCAGGUCCACCUCAGAGCCCAGUACAGACAGACGCUGAGACAAAUCUCCGUCACCUAUCAGAUGAUCACUGGGGGCUGGAAGGUAGCCGCAGGAUUCUAGGUCACACUGGGCCUGGGUUUGUACUGACUCUACCCCUUCAUAACUGCAUCACCUUAAGGAACUGAAUAAGCUGUGACAGCACCCACAUGCCCCAAGUCCUUCCUGAGAGACUGCUGUGACCGGGAAUCUUAGACAUGCAGAAAAUAUGCCUGUCCCAGAACCUGGUACUGACACUAGUCCCCCCUGACCUGAUGUUGGUGAUGAAGUGCUUGGCCUAAAGACAAAUUUGCUAUGGAGAGGACUGCACAUGAAUGUGGGCUCGUGAGGCAGACACGAGUUCCAACCCCAGCUCUGCCUACCUGCAAAGCCUGGGGCAACUCAGCAGUCAUCUGAGGGGCAAACAGGGAAUAAGGAAUGGGAAGAAGGGCUGUUGUGGAAAGGUUCAGGCCUAACACACAGUAACCCCUCUCUAACAAACCCUUUCUUUUCUGACUCAGCCAAAGCUAAUAAAACUAUUGCCUCCGUAAGGCUGUCAAAUCCUUUAGAGGACCA